ACAUAUACAAAACACACACACACUGAGCAAUUGACAAUUGGUUGCAGAGAGUGCGGGAGGAGAGUCACAACUACCAGUCCUUGCUCUGCGUCCUGUGAAUUUGGAAGAGUAAGGAAGCUACCUGGAAACUCAUUCCUUACCCUGCAAAACACAUUUCUUUAUAACCACAAACCACUUUCUAUUUUCGCCACCGUCGAUCCAUCACUCUCUUCCGACGAAUUUUGGAAAAUGAAAAUGGGUAAAGGGAUCAUUUUUACCGUUGCAAUGGUGGUCAUUUGCCUUGGUGGAAAAGGGGUGGCAGGACACGAGCAUCAUGUGGUCGGAGCAGACCGUGGCUGGGAUCCAACCUCAGACCUUGUUUCCUGGUCUUCUGGCAGGAUCUUCAGGGUUGGAGACCAAAUUUGGCUGGCAUACUCAGUGGCACAGGGACUGGUGGCUGAGCUGAAAAGCAAAGAGGAAUAUGAGGCGUGUGAUGUGAGAAAUCCCAUCAAAAUGUACAGAGAGGGUCUGCAUGCUAUCCCACUGGAGAGUGAAGGAAUGAGGUACUUUGUGAGCACCCAACCUCAGAACUGCAAAAAUGGUCUGAAGCUCCACAUUGAGGUUCUGCCACAGGGCCAAGGCAUCACAGACAAUAAGUAUUCCACCCUAUCUGAUUUUCAGGCUGCUGCGCCCACUACUCCUUCUGCUUCAACCCGUUAUGGUCAGAGCACUAUGUUGUUGAUCACUGUUUUAUUUUUCCUCAUCAUAUACCUUGCUUAUUGACUGACAUCUGUCACUAGCCUAUAUGUAAGAACCACUGGUUUUAUGUAUUAUUUAGAUACUGUUUUGGGACUUGGGACCCUCGGAUGUUAUAUUUCUUUUAAUGCCAGUAUAUGUCUAGCAAUCUAGUUUAAGAAAGAUAUUUGUUUUCUAGUCUUGUUUCAUGAAUUUAUGUUAUAUGGAAUCUUCUUCAAAUGCGA